CUUCCGUAAAAGCAAAAUCUUUUUGUUUAAUUUAUGGACAAAGGAUGGGGUCUGACCCUUGAAUCCGAUCCAGUUACUAAUAAUUUCUUCUCGACCAAAACAAGUUCCAACACAGGUGCUUUCUUCAGGUUGAACCAUCAACGAGACAUGUUUCAGUUCCCGGUUAGCCUCACCGGAUCGAGAGACGACCGCCGGGGAACCUCCGCUUCUUCGUCAUCGCCGUCGGAUGAUACGCGACUACCCGUCGAUGAGGUUGACUUUUUCUCCGAUAAGAAAUCCAGGGUGAUCGACGAUGAUUGUGUUAAGAAGGAACACGGCGAACCCGCUCCUGCCUCCGAUUUAGAUGUAAAUACUGGGUUGCUUCUUCUGACGGCCGGAAGUGAUCAGUCAACUGUUGACGACGGAGUCCCGUCGGAUAGGGAAGAUAGGAGAGCCAAGGAUGAACUGGUGCAAUUACAAGUGGAGUUGAAACGCGCGAAUGCUGAAAACCAAAAGCUUAAAGAUAUGCUGAGUCAUGUCAACAACAAUUACACUGCUCUCCAGAUGCACCUUGUCAGCUUAAUGCAACAGCAAAGAAACCGAGAAACCGAAACCACCCAAGAACAACAUGAGGUCCAAGAAGUGAAAUCCGAAGAGAACAAACAAGGUGAAGAGAUAAUGCCUUUGAAAAUAAUAGAUGUACGCCCCUCCGGUGGAGCCGAAGCACCCGAGAUGGUGUCGACUCAUUCGUCGUCAGAAGAAAGAACACGUUCGGGGACUCCUCAAAACAACGUGGAAAAAAGAAUCGGCAGAGAAGAGAGCACGGAAUCCGAGAGCUGGGGACCUAAUAGCAAACUCCCGAAGCUGAAUUCCGGGAAACCGAUUGAUCAAUCCGUUGAGGCCACCAUGAGGAAAGCCCGUGUUUCAGUUCGAGCUCGAUCGGAAGCUCCCAUGAUCACCGAUGGAUGCCAAUGGAGAAAAUAUGGGCAAAAGAUGGCUAAAGGAAAUCCUUGUCCUCGAGCUUAUUACCGAUGCACAAUGGCUGUUGGUUGUCCUGUCCGGAAACAAGUUCAACGCUGCGCGGAUGAUAGAACAAUCUUGAUAACAACAUACGAGGGCAACCACAAUCACCCAUUGCCGCCUGCUGCGAUGGCAAUGGCUUCAACGACGGCAGCAGCCGCUAGCAUGUUGCUUUCAGGUUCAAUGCCAAGUGCUGAUGGUAUCAUGAACCAAAACUUGCUUGCCAGGGCAAUCCUCCCAUGCUCCCCAAGCAUGGCAACCAUAUCGGCCUCGGCACCGCUCUCCACCGUGACAUUGGACCUCACACAUUCACCGAACCCUCUACAAUUCCGAAGCCCACCGCCACCGCAGCCACAGCCGCCUCCGCAAUUCCAAGUCCCUUUCCCCGGCCAACCCCAAAAUUUGCCUCAAGUUUUUGGGCAGCCAUUGUAUAAUCAGUCAAAAUUCUCAGGCCUUCAGUUGUCACAAGAAAUGGGGUUUUCACAAUUAGGCCAGCAACACCAAGUCCCAUACCCACAAUUGCAGCUGCAGCAGCCUCAACAGCCUUCGUUGGCCGACACGGUUAGCGCCGCCACAGCUGCCAUCACCAACGAUCCUAGCUUCACGGCGGCUCUCGCGGCUGCCAUCACAUCCAUCAUCGGUGGUGCUCGCCCGAAUAGCAGCAGCAACACUUCCAACAACAACAACAACACAUCAAACAAUAGACAAUAAUUAAGAUCUUAGAGACACCUUUCUUUAACUGUUGAAAAGGAGACUACAUGUUUAUAUUUUUUGUACUUUGUUGUGGGGAGGAGGGUUAGAACACACACAAACGUCAUUCUUUUUGUUU